GUGGAUUUCGGGACCAACAGCGUCGGCCAGUCGCGGAUGAUUCGAGAUUUCGCCGACCUCUUCCUCAAUCAAACCAGUUGCGACGUGCAUUUCCGGCUCCAGGGCGUGGUCAUGGGCGCCCACGUCGUGAUUCUGACGGCCCGCAGCUCCGUAUUCGCCGCCAUGUUCAAAUGCGACAUGGAAGAGUCGAAAACUAGAAAAGUCGUCAUCGAAGAUAUCGAGCCGGAAGUCUUCCGCCAGCUGCUCCACUACCUCUACACGGGCACCUGCCCGCUGCUGGAGAUGAAAUCCAUCACGCGCGAUCUCUGCGUGGCGGCUGACAAGUACGACGUCGAGACGCUCAAGAAGGAGUGCGUCGACAUUUUGCUGGUCCAACUGGACGUGAGCAAUUCGAUCGCCACGCUCGUCUGGUCUCAUUUGCAUUCGAUCACGACCCUGUUUGACGCCUCGCUCAAGUGCAUCGCCCUCAACGGGCCGACCGUUUGCUUCCUGCCCGAGUGGAAGGAUCUGACUCACGACUAUCCCGAUUUGUGUCUGAUGGCCACUCAGCACAUGAUAAAGAUCAAGGUGUACGGUGUCAGCAGUGUCAGCUGCGAGAGCGAUUGCGGCGGGGCCGACUGCGAGACGGACCUCUGGGAAACGGAAGUGCAGAACGUCUUUCAAACGACCAGCGAAAUCGACUGCGAGACGGACGGUGAUUGGCUGGAAUUUCCGGAACAAAUCCGCCGCAUUGCUUCUCUGAUUAAAAUGUAAUUGUGUUAACUGAUGCGCACAGCUUGUCGUUUUGAAAUGAAAUAAAUGAAUAUUGGAGUUGA